UGGCCAUGAUGUCUUGUACAACAGAAUUUUUUCCAAAGUAUUAGAAACUACAAAGUUUUCAAGGGUGAAAAAAAUAGGCUUUGAUGCCUACUCAUAAUAUGGGAGGAUGCAACAAGUGUUUUGUUUUGUUGUUUUUUUGUUUGUUUGUUUUCUUUGCUGAAUGACAUAUUUUAACAUGCAAGCAAUAGAGACAGAAUCCCAGCCAGUUUCCCAAACCAUUCCUAUAGUACCAGGUUUUGUAGUGUCUUUGUCUGAAUUUGGGAUGUGCCUCAAGAAACCUCUGGCACCAGAGAGAAUGCUCAGAAUCAGCCAGUACAGAAUAAGCAGUAAAACAAGUCAAAUUAUAUUGAGAUUCUGACCAAUUACAGUGCCCUGAAAAAGUAUUUGGCUCCUUCCUGAUUUCCUCUAUUGUUGCAGAUUUCUGACACUGAAUAGUUUCAGAUCUUUAGACAAAAUAUAAUGGUAGACAAUGGGAUAUAGGGAAAGGGAAUUGAAGCACAAAACACAUUUUUUAAAUUAUUAUUUCAUUUAUUUAAUGAAAAAAGUUAUCAAACAUGCUUAUCACCCAUGUGAAAAAAUAAUUGCCACCUUAGUUACCCAAUCAAGCAAUUGACCACAUUUAAUUGAUAAUUAGUUUCAGCUGAUUGAACACAGCCAGGUUGGAUUGCAGUCAGAAAUGUUGAAUCUAAACCUCAAUCAUAUUGAAUCUUACCAUCAGACUGAAGUAGUCAUCACAAGUUUUUAUGAGCACACUAUGUGACAAUCAAAGGAAAUUCCAGAAAAGAUGAGACAGUUGUUGAAAUAUAUCAGUCUGGAAAGGGUUACAAACCCAUUUCUAAGGCCCUAGGACUCUACCGAACCACAGUAAGAGCCAUUAUUGCCAAAUGGAGUACAUUUGGAACAGCGAUGAAUCUUCCCAGGAGUGGCUCACCUGCCAACAUUUCUCCAAGGACGCAGAGACAACUCAUCCAGGAAAUCACAAAGAUCUCAGAAGAAUAUCCAAAGAACUGUAGGCCUGUCUAGCCUCAGCUAAGGAUCCCUGAUGCAAGGCAGGUGGCUAAUGGUGCCACUGCUGUUGCAGGCCUGGCUGUUAGCAUCUCCAAGCAGUGUCCGUGAGCGUCCGUGUCCUCAGAGCUGUCGCUGCGAUGGGAAGAUAGUCUACUGCGAGUCCAACGCUUUUCGUGACGUGCCAAAGAACGUCUCCAGUGGGUGCCAGGGCCUGUCUCUGCGUUACAACAGCCUGGUGAGCCUCAGGGCUGGGCAGUUUUCUGGUCUCAGCCAACUCAUCUGGCUCUACCUGGACCAUAACUACAUCAAUUCCGUGGACAGUCAAGCCUUCCAAGGUGUACGGAGGCUCAAGGAGCUGAUCCUGAGCUCCAACAAGAUCACGCAACUCCAAAAUGCAACUUUCCACGCUGUGCCGAACUUACGCAAUCUUGACCUGUCAUACAACAAGCUGCAGGGCCUUCAGCCUAACCAGUUCCAGGGCCUGCGCAAGUUGCUCAGUCUCCACAUUCGCUCAAAUUCCCUGAAAAGCGUUCCUGUACGAGUCUUUCAGGACUGUCGCAACCUAGAAUUUCUGGAUCUGGGCUACAACCGAUUACGUAGCCUCACUCGUAAUGCUUUUGCAGGACUGCUUAAACUGACGGAGCUUCACUUAGAACACAACCAGUUCUCCAAAAUCAACUUCUCACACUUUCCACGCCUCUACAACCUGCGAGCACUGUACCUGCAGUGGAACCGUAUCCGGUCAAUCAGUCAGGGUCUCACCUGGACCUGGACCUCUUUGCAAAAACUAGACCUCUCUGGAAAUGACCUGCAGAUUGUGGACGCCAGCAUCUACCAGUGCCUGCCUAACCUACAGACACUCAAUCUGGACUCCAACAAGCUCAGCAAUGUGUCUCAGGACGCAGUGGUUGCCUGGAUCUCCUUGACCACCAUCAGCCUGGCAGGCAAUGUAUGGGAUUGCAGUCCCAGCAUCUGCCCCCUAGUGGCCUGGUUGAGGAAUUUCAAGGGAAACAAGGAGACCACCAUGAUUUGUGCUGGACCUAAGGAGGUCCAGGGGGAGAAGGUGAUGGACGCUGUGGAAACUUACAGUAUCUGCAAAAUCACUCCGGCCCCUGCUAUCUCAACACCAUCCACUCUUCCAAGCACUCCUUCCAAAGCUGAACGUUUUCCCAUUCCCACUUUAUCAAGAGUGGGUGAGGGGCUUUCCCAGGGUAGUUUACCCAGCCCCACACCCUCAGGGGCCACCUCAACCAUCCCAGAGCAGUUUGAGCACGUUUCAUUCCACAAAAUAAUUGCUGGGAGCGUGGCACUCUUCCUGUCAGUGGCCAUGAUACUGCUGGUGAUCUAUGUGUCAUGGAAGCGCUACCCCAGCAGCAUGAAGCAGCUGCAGCAGCACUCCAUGGUCCGCAAGCGCAGGAAAAAGGUGCGGGAGACAGAACGCACCCUCAACUCCCCCCUGCAGGAGUAUUAUGUGGACUACAAACCCACAAACUCUGAGACCAUGGACGUGCUGGUCAAUGGGACAGGCUCCUGCACCUACACCAUCUCGGGCUCCAGAGAAUGUGAGCAGAUUCCACACCAGGUGAGUGCACUGACAUUCUACAGAUAUGAGCAACCCAUAGUGGACUACUGCCAGGCUCACCAACCACUGCAUCUCAACAUGAACUACGAGGGUCCCCCCCAGGGACUGGAGGACCGGGUUCCACGAGAGCGCGGGACCAUUCAGACUAUUGCCCUCCCCACCGUGCCUGCAGCCCCUCUCACGGACCCCCGGACCCCCCCACAGUGAUGUCUGCUGAGGAGGGGUGCACUGUCCCCGUUUUCCUCCCUCCGAAUGGGUCAUGACCAAAACUGAGAACGCAAACCCAGGCUGGCAUGGAUAUACGGAGGAGUGGUGACAACAGUGGGAACUGCAGGGGCCUUAUUGAUGGAAUCAGCUGCAAGUUUCCUUUGUGUUUGGUAGCUCUGAACAGGGUGCAACUGUAGUGAAGCAGUACAGGCUAUCACUGUGGUGGGAAUGAGAAAAUAGCUAAUUAAAGGCUGCGGUAAGAUGCUGUAUCUUACAUCCAAAUAGUUACUCCUAAUGUUCUGUGACUUCUUCAUUUUGGAAAGAAGUGUCUUUUCUGGGUCUUGUUUUUUACCGUUUGUUCGUGAAAUCAUCUACAGCUGCCUAGAAAAAAAAGAAGAUAUCUAAAUAUUUAAAUGUAAUUCAAUUAUCAUUAUUGCACUUACUGCCUCAGCUAUAUACAGCUCUUUAUUUGAGGAAUUAAUGCUGGCACUCUCCCAAUGUCGUGCAAGUAAUUAAAUUGAGUCUGCAAAGAAUCUGGAAAAUGUUGCGAUGGGGAAGACAAUUGCAGAACAAAUUCAAGUUUAACAGAGCUCAAAGGUUUCUUGCUGUUGCUUCUAAUAAGGUUUCAAUCGGUGGUCGGACAUGCAGUCAAAUAUUUACCAUUAUUAGAUUAUUAGGGGUGAGCUGUCCCGAUUAAACUAUUCAAAGUGGGGUGUGGAAAAUGUGUUGAAUUGAAGGGUGUGAAAGCGUAGUGACAAAUUUAAUGUCCUACAAAAGUCAUGUAUCUAUGCUAUUUUAAAUGCAAAGAAUGCCUUGCUUAUGUUAUUUGCUGUUUAUUUUUUAUUUAUUUAUUUUAUUCUUUGAUUUUUUUUUUUCUUUUGCUGCUGAAUUUUUCCAAUACCAGUAUUAACCUCUGUGUGACCUAACACACUACUUGAGUUGACACACUGAUGUAGCCUUUGGUGAGAAAAGCACUAGCCAACUCUUUUUGGACAAACAUUACAAGGACUUAGUAACUGCUGAACCCACAACAUAAUAAUUUACUCAAGGUUGCUCGCUCCUAAUAAUCUAAGAAGUUUGCUGCUUAAAUGUAAAAGUAAUGAUUAUUCGCCUGACACCCAAAUACCCGUGAACUUGUUUAAAUCUAUUAAGGAAUUUGCCAGUGACUUUGGGGCUUUCAUUUUCAUAUAACUGAUAUGUACAAGAUGCUUUUUUACCAUGACCCUGUAGCCCCGUUGAUUCAGUAGUGGGAGGAUGCCUGUAAAAUCUGCAGUAAACCCAGAUGCUUGCAGACUGAAGAAGCCUGAGUGUGCCGUGGUGUUUUAUAUGAAGAAUAUACACUGAAGGUCACCUGGGCCCAACUGCCCAGCAGUAUUGAUCGUUCUCCGUGCUGUCUGUCACUUGUGGACGUAUAGUCUCUGUUCCUUGGCCCGAAACCCAAUCUACCCAGUUCUAUGACGUACAGUCAGCAGUGCAGGACACAGGAUGCUGGAAGGCUGGACCAGGGGGACACAUCAAGGACCUUCUGUGUGACCCCACAAAAUAAAGGGACGCUCUUCAGGUCACCUGACUUUCGAAGAUGCUGAAGGAAUGUCAAAAAACCU